AACGGGUUGCACGUUUGGAGCUUCGAGCUUUGCUCCUCCCCGUCAGGUUCUUCCGAUCUGGAAAACACUACGUGCGCGCUGGCCCCCGCGAUGGAUGACAACAAAAGGUCCUCCCCGCUCGCACCCGGGGAAGGCCGCAACCCCGGCGCCACCGCCAAAUUAAGUCACGCCAGCUGAGGCAGCGACACACUCACACACAUCACCGUCCAGCCGUCCAAUCACCCUCAGGCGGCUCAGCUGCAUCUCGAGACGAGCCGAGAUUUUUCAUCACCGGUAUGGAUUGAGCUUAUUGAUCGGCCGAUAAUGGGUUUCCACCUACUGGCGCUGGCGGCGGCGAGGGGCUUCCUGCAGGCGUUCUUCCACCUCCACGGCUCGGCGCCGCCGCCGCCGCUGCUGUGGCCGCUCAACAUCUGGCUGCCGCUCGCGCGACACCUUCCUGAGGCAUGCGGCGUCCUCUGCGGCGCGCUCGCCGCGCACGUCGCCUGGCUGCGCCGCGCGUACGCGCGCGGCGGCACCGUCUGGAGCCGCGACAGCCGCGGGCGCCAUGGCGGCGGCGACGACGACGGCGAGAAUAUUCUCCGCCAGGCGCUGCUCAACGUCUCCUACUGAACUGAGAUCGAUAAUGGAACCGGACGGAUUCAGUCUGUUUUUUAUGCUUUGUUUUUACUAGAGUAGUCUUGGUUUGUUGCUGGACGCGGCGGCUUGAUCAUACCGUUGUCUUCCCGAGCAUUUGCGUUGAUCUGAAUCUUGGUUGUAGCCUUGAUUUGUAAGUGUUACAAGGAAGAUUUCCUUGCAGAGGAAUUGCGCAGUACUGGCAUGGAAGCAGCAAACAGAGACGAUCAACAGUGA